GGCGCGCGGGGAAAGCCUCCAGCUCGGGCUGCCACGGCAACCGCGUCCAGGCAACGCGCCCGGAAGCCGCUUGGGCGGCGCGCAGCGGCUCGCGCCCCCCAGGAGCCGCGAACCCGGCCGGGCCGCGCGCCAGGCCAGGCGGCAGGCGCGCGCUGAUUGGACGGCGCUCCCCGCGGCGCGGGCCCGCAGACGGGCGCCCCGCACAGCCCGCACGAGCUGUCGCCGCACCCAGACGCGCCGGCGAGGACAUGGGCUGCCUCCGCGCGCCCACUCCCCGCGCUGAUGUGAAUUAUUAAAAAGAAAAUGGCCCAACGGAGCACUACAUUUCCUUCUCUUGUCACCGAGGAAAGGUAUAAUAUAUGGAAAAUAUGCAUCUAAGACGAGUUAGAACCAUGCCCCGACACAGCCAGUCUCUGACCAUGGCCCCCUACUCAUCUGUAAGUCUAGUGGAACAGCUGGAAGACAGGAUCCUCUGUCACGAGAAGACGACUGCUGCCCUGGUGGAGCACGCCUUCCGGAUUAAGGACGACAUUGUCAACAGUCUGCAGAAAAUGCAAAACAAAGGGGGUGGUGACCGCUUGGCCAGGCUUUUCUUGGAGGAGCACAUCAGAAACAUAACUGCCAUAGUGAAGCAACUUAAUCGGGAUAUUGAGGUACUCCAGGAGCAGAUCCGUGCCCGGGACAACAUUAGCUAUGGAACUAACUCUGCUUUAAAGACUCUGGAGAUGCGGCAGCUGUCAGGUUUGGGGGAUCUUCGAGGAAGAGUAGCAAGAUGCGACGCCAGCAUAGCCAGACUCUCCGCAGAGCACAAAACGACCUACGAGGGGCUCCAGCACUUGAAUAAAGAACAGCAAGCUGCCAAACUUAUUUUGGAAACGAAAAUCAAAGAUGCAGAGGGACAGAUUUCUCAGCUUUUGAACAGAGUUGAUUUGUCAAUAUCAGAGCAAAGCACCAAACUGAAGAUGUCCCACAGAGAUAGUAACCACCAGCUUCAGCUUUUGGAUACUAAAUUUAAAGGUACAGUUGAAGAACUCAGUAACCAGAUUUUAUCUGCACGGAACUGGUUGCAACAGGAACAAGAACGGAUAGAAAAAGAACUUUUACAGAAAAUUGAUCAGCUUUCCUUGGUUGUUAAGGAAAACAGUGGAGCCAGUGAGAGGGACAUGGAGAAGAAGCUCAGCCAGAUGUCAGCCAGACUUGACAAAAUAGAAGAGAGUCAAAAGAAGAAUACAGAAGUGCAGAGAACAAAGCAGGAAGAAGACAAGGUCCAUGGGCGAAUCAGCAGGCUUGAGUUACAAAUGACUGAGAACUUGAAGGAAAUGAAAGCAGAAGUUAAUGCUGGGUUUACUGCCAUCUAUGAAAGUUUAGGAUCCCUCAGGCAAGUUCUCGAGGCCAAGAUGAAACUGGACAAGGACCAGCUACAGAAGCAAAUCCAACAGAUGCAGAAGCCAGAAGCUCCCAUGUGAAGGGAGUUGGAACAAGGACCUAAGAGAAGGUUUUGCCAGUGGGGCUAAGAGCUAGAUACCUCUGUAGCCAGGCUGUUGCUGCAUUCGAGAUUGUGUCAUCCACGGUGUGCAUGUGCCAAGUAAUGUGUUUUCACGGGUCUAAAUGUUUACCUUAGUCUUGAUGACAAUUUCUUUAAAAAUCUUAAAUACAAUUUUUAUCAUUUUAUUUCACUUAUCUAAAUUCAAUGGAAUCCACCACCACCACCACCACCCCCCACCCCCGCUGGAUUUUGGAAAGCUUUUAUCAUCUUAAUUUUAUGGAUGAAAAGACUUAAUAUUUCUUUAACGCCUGAUGCUCUACUAACACUGUUUACUAUUUUGAAAACUGUCAUGGUGAUUUUUUAAAAUUUGGAAACCAGUGAAUUGUUACAGGAAUGUGUUGUUCCUUACCCUAAAUUAAGAGAAUGCCCUGAUAGAUUAGAAUUCAAUUUUUAAGUUCAUAUUUGGAUUUUAUUAUUGUUGUCCAUGCAUUUCUUAUAUUAGUUAUCUUCCUAUAAAUCUUCAAUCUUUUGUAGGGAGAAGGGUUUUAACAAUUGGGGAAAACCCCUCACAAUUUAUAUAAUAAAAGUAGUUUUAAAAAUUGAUAACUGCCAUAUAGGUACAUUGAAAAUUAAAAUGGAAACUUAAGGCAAUUAUCUAAAUAAUACAAGGCACAAUGCCUACAUCGGCCACCUAGAAAACUAUUUUUCAGUUAUCCACUACCUGUAUAGUAACAGCCAUAUAUUUAAUAAUGGAAUGGUGGUUAACAUUCUGUUUAUUGUACAAUUAUUUGUUCACUAACUAUAAUAGGAUUUAAGAAUUUUUCAGGCUUUAUGGUCUUCUCGCUAAAUGUUUCCAAAAUUGGCACAACGUGCUGGGGUUUAUACACACUUGUUGUAACUGUAUUCUUGUGCCUUGGGUUUAUCAUGUCAAUGCACUGGAAAAAUUUUGCGGACAAAAUAGAAGGCAUGAUAAUACAUCAGAAUUAUGAUGUAAAAUGGGAUCCUAUGUAUUUUUUAAAUGUUCUAAAAAUUUUACCACUGUUAAGGCAUUAGUCAUUCAGUAUUAUUAAUGGAAUAGAAAUUCAUACUUUUGUAUGGACAGGAAAUCAAAUUGACAUUGCAUUUAUAACAUUGUCAAGAAACUUUCAUCUUGAGCAACUUUGUAGAUGAUGGGUGUUUUAUUUUUAAUCGCCACAUUUGAUUAGUCAUUGAAAAUUGGAACCAGUGCUGUCUGUUCACCUACGUGUGUAAAAGCUGAUAGUGAGACAAACCGUUCUAAACUGUGAGGGGGCCCCAGGAAAAAGAAAAACAGGAAUACUUAAAAAAAAUUAACUUUUUUUUUUGUUUGUUUGCCAAGGACUCAGGAAAAUAAAAGUGUUUUCUAUUUUUAAGAUAAAUCUUAAAUAACAUAUCUAACUGGCUAUUACUGUUUGCCCAUAUAAAAUAUGCUGCUAAAGUACGUAAUAUUUUACCCUCAAUGGCUUGACAAUUUUUUUUUAAUUGGGCCCAAAAUGUUGUAUAAGGGGUAUGUCAUCCAAAACAAAUUUCCUUAUUUUAUCAUGCUUCUUUUCAUCUCUAUAUAGGUAGAAUAUUCCCACCUAGCAAGGAAAACAAAAAGUUAAUGCCCUUUUGCAGUCAGAAAGUGAAUUUCUUUUUGUGACAGAAAGUGAAUUUCUUUUAGUGCAGUUCUCCACCUUCAAGCACAAGCCACAGCACAGCCAAUGCCCCCUCCAGCAUCUUUCUCCUCUGGGGUCUCUGUGGAGGAAGAGUCAGCACAUCUGACACCUGGGAAGAGGGGGAUGGGGGAUGCCAACUGGACACUGGCCAAUGGGGUGACAUGAGCAGGUGACACUUGGCUGUCAGCUGAAUUUCUCAGGUGCUUCUGAUGUUGCCAGCCCCCAAGUAAUGAGCUAUCCCAGUGGUUCUCCACCCUGGCUCCUCAUUGGAAUCACCUGGGGAGUUUAGAAAACUAUCGCUGCCCAGGCCACCUUCCAGACAAUUAAAUGCAAAUCUCUGGGUGGUGGGAGGUGGGAUGCAGGCUUCAGUGUACAUUAAAGGCCCAAGGUGGUUCAGUGGACAGCCAAGGUUAUGACCACUGAGCUACAGCCUAUUCUUAUCACCAAAGUUUAAAUGAGAAUCAGCUUCCGUGUUCUUUCCUUUACCAGAAAUUUGCAAUAAAAAGAAAAAUAAAAUUACCGAAUGAAUGUAGUGUAUGAUUUUUAAAUUUAAAAGACUUUUAAUGCAGGUGAAAAUUUAAUUAGGUAAAGUGCCAUGGGAGACACCUCCCUUUUCCUUCUGCAGAAACCCUUGGUUCCAGUUUGCUAAAGCUGCAGGAAAUGCAAUAUACCAGAAAUGGAUUAGGCUUUACAAUGGGGAUUUAUUAGUUCACAAAUUUAC